ACAGGACAUGGCAUCGUUAAAGGACCCGAAGGCAACCUUACAUCACUGUCGAAUAAGUCUCCACUUAACUAGCUCUAGUAAGGCCCAGCUAAUACAAGAUGUCUUGGAAGUCGAUGAGGAGCUGCAACCAGACAAAGUUUGUAAAUCAUUCGCUGUGGAGGGGUCAGCGCUGAAUGUGCAUCUGGUGUCAUGUGACCUGAAAGUCCUAAGGGUUGCUGUGUCCUCUUUCUACGACAUGCUUACGGUGGCUCUUAAAACUCUGCUGCAGUUCGACAACGAAAAUGGACUUUGACAGGACUUGAGGUUCACCUCGUAACUACUUUGCUAAACAGGUUGGGAUUCGUGGAAAACCUCCGGGGAAGGCGAUGUAUGUAUUGGUGGAAAAUCUUUCCCACGUGAAGGGCCUCGUCCGUACCUUACACGGAAUUUUGAAGCAUGGAAGAACCUUCAAAUUAAGCGUUAAAGAACAUUCUGAUCUGACUGA